AUGUCGCAGACACUUCGACCAAUCCGUGAAGCAGUCAUUGAUGGGCGCACGAAAAACAUCAUCUGGCGUCAAAUUCAGCUUGAGAAUUUGCAGCGCACCUUAAUCGACAAUGCGGAUACAAUUCAGGCUGCUAUUCGACAAGAUAGCGCAUACACCACCACCGAAGCCGCCAUUGAGUACUGUCUAACUCUAAAAUGUCUGAAUGAGAACUAUGAGUCGUUGGAUGUCGAGCAAGCUCUGAAAGAUGAGUAUGCGGUCGCACGAGGAGAGAAUGCCGAAGAUUUUAGAGAUCCGGUAGGAAUUGUGUAUAUUGUUCCCACGACGCAUAACUUCUUCUAUUCGAUCGUUAGCGCUGUAGGCGCAGCAAUCACAGCUGGCAACUGUGUCGUUGUUGAGCUUCAGAUCACCGGUGGGCAAAAAGCCGUCUCUGAAAUACUACAAAACCUUUUGAAGGCCUCUCUUGACCACGGUGUCAUCGAAUUUGUCUCAACCCGUGCCAGCGACGAAGACCUCUCACCAAGCCACAUCCGGCUUUUCCAAGAAAAGUCACAGAAUGAACGUCAACCCGCUUCCUCUAAGAGUCUCUUUCCAUUAUCAUCCGCCACCCGGAGUAUCGCCAUCGUCGACCGUACUGCUGAUCUCACUGGCGCUGCAGAAGCGAUCGCCACGGCGCGAUUUGCCUAUGGCGGUAACUCUCCCUAUGCGCCAGACUUGGUGUUGGUGAAUGAGUUUGUGAAGAGCCAAUUCCUUCGCGCACUUAUACAAGCUACUAUGGAUCAAUUAUCGCUUCGAAUGUCGGUUGAUGCAAAAUUUUCUCCGUCGCGGAAUACUCAGCAGACCGCGAGUUUGAUUGCUGCUGAGAUUGAGGGGAAACGAGCUAUCAGUCUUUCCAGUGUUGGCGAGGGAAGCUUGGUAGAUGUUACUAGCAGAGAUUCACAAUUGCUACGGAGCAAAAUCCGAGGAUACAAUAUUCUGCUCCAUAGCGUGCGGUCGUUAGACGAUGCUAUUGACUUAGCUAGUCAACAUGGAGAACUACUAGCUGCAUACACAUUCGCAGACCCUGCUUCAGGGAAAUACGUAUCUCAAUUCGUCCCUUCGCAAGUAUCUUUCGUCAACCAGAUUCCGUUUGAAAUCUUAGUUGGGCCCUCAUUCCCCGAAACAUCUCCCCUAAACCAAUCCCUCCAUAUUCGCUACCCAACAGACCUGUUCUCCAUCCCUAGGCCCCAAUAUAUCCUUAAAACACCACUUUCCCAACAAAUCCAGCAAUACUUCCUCCUCAAGGGCAGCAGCAGCAAGAACACAUCCCCAGCCGUCUGGCAGAAAACCUUGAUAACCAGAAUCUCAAAAAGAAUCUCCGCUACAAAACAGAAACGUCGUCCAGGCGGGCAGGUGGGAUUCUUUGAGCAGGGGAUUCUGCUUGGAUUGGGAAUGACUGGUGUGCCGAUUUUGGUUUGUGUUGGUACAUUAGCUUAUUAUGGAUUGGGGUUUGCGUGGAGGCAUUUUAGGCACUGA